UAUGAUAAUACCUGCUGAGCCUCCAGAGAUUCAAUUUGUAUCCAAUGAAUAUUAAAUUCAUGGAAAAUUGGUCCCUUCCCAUAUAUUUUAUGGUUGCCUUAGAAUGUGUAUGUGUGAGUCCCUUCAACACAAUGAUGUGUUUGAUAUAUAAAUUCCUUGGAAGUUGAUUCAGAGACUAUAGAGAGAGUGGGCUAUAGAGAGAGUGGACUUAAGACAUGACAUGCCGACUAAGAUGAGAGAACAGAAUAUUUAAUAAGAGAGAAGGGAGUGACUAUAUA